GUAAAUUAGUAAAUAUUAUACGGGGCGGAUGGAUAUGGGGCGGGGCGGGCGGAUAUGGGGCGGGGCGGGUGGAUUUGGGGCGGAUGUGACCUCAUAUCCACCACCUACCCACCACCCAUGGCGGAUUUAACUUUUCGUAUCCAUACCCACCCACUACCCACCAAAGUCAUAUCCAUACCCGCCCCAACUGGGGCGGAUGCGGUGCGAAACCCGCCAAAUUAUACCCACCUGCCAUCCCUACACUCGAUCCUUGUUCUUAAUGUUUUAGAAUUUUUUUUUUUUUGCAGAUGACCGCCUAAAACUUUUUUUUUUUUUUUUUAAGUACUAAUCCCUUGAUCUCGAAAUUGUGGGGUGCACAAAUAAGAAAUUGGGAAGAUUAUUUUCCGAUGAAAGUCUCAUCAGUACCAUAUUACCAUUACCAAAAGAAGAGUUGAUUUUAGUUGUGUCUAUUACACAAGUUUUGCGGUAACUUCAACAAUCAUAUUCAGAUACAAUGAAAUUGUCAAAGAAAGGGAGAAAAACCGACACCAAAAAACUACCAAUCAAUUCUCAUCUGGUCACUCUUCACCAACGCCUCUAUCAUGUGUUAAACCUCGGAUUCAGGAAUUCUGAUGAUAAAGAAAAGGAGUGGUAUACCAAUGAUGUUGAAACACAAAGGCUGGUAGUUCGAUCAAUAUCUGCCUUUCUUGAUGGUGUCUCUCCAGAUGCAUGGCAAAUGUCUAUUGUAAAGGAUUCAAUUCCUGAUGUGGUCAGGGCAAUAGCAGGUAUUCUCCAAUCUCCCAAUGCAGCUGUUCUAGCUAUGGGAUCAGAAGUGACAGUUAAGUUGAUUAAUGUCAUGCCUACUUUGAUGUUGCGCCCUCACUUCAAUCAUCUUACUCAUUCUUUGUCACCCUUACUAUCUACAUCUCAAUCUCAAGUUGCUAUUAUGACUGCAAGUGCUCUACAUCUAAUUGUGUCAAAUAUCGGUGCCAAGAAAGAGAAAGAAGCGUGGGAGAUUCUGGAGAAACAUAAUACUGUUACUCAAGUAAUUGGUAACUUAAGAGCUUUUUCUGGUAAAGGCGAGCCUAUGGAAUAUUUUACAGAGAUGGCUUCUCUAUUGAGUUCAAUAAUGCAGCUAUGGCCUGUCUCAAGAUAUCUUGUUUGGAAUGAUUCCAAAUUAAUGGAAGUUAUGGAGGUCUUCUGCAACAAUCCUGAGGCCACUGUCAAAGUUGCUGUCUUGCAGUUGUAUUCUUCUUUAGCCCUAUGUGCUAAUGGAGCACAGAAGCUUAUGGGAAAUGGGAAGGUCCUCAUACCAGCAAUUGCGCAGUGUAUGGGCGAAUCUCAGCCACAUGCUGUUCGAAUUCUUGCGUUCAAGGUUGCACGAUAUAUAAUGGCAACUGAGAAACUGUGUUCAGAAGUGUUGAAUUUAUCUUGUGAACCUAUAAUCAAGUCUAUUAUCUGUGCAUUGAGUGUUCCGAGCGUACAUCAUGGGAAUUCAUCUAAUCAGGAAGAGUCUUUGAUGCUUGAAGCUUGUCGUUUGGCAUUGAUUGCUCAGUGGCCAGGAAAGCAUCAUGGUUAUCUAUGGAGGCUUAGAGUUGAUAAAGUCCUCAUCCAACUUCUGAUGUACAAUUCCCAUAACCUUCAUCUGCAACCGCAGUCUGAGGACCUUAUAGCUGUGGCAAGAGCGGGUCUGAGUGCCAAUUUUCUUCUGGAUCUGAGACCAUAUGUGUGGGAGAUUAUUGGGUGGCUCUCAGCUCAAUGUGAGGAAGAUUUUAGUCCAAAUAGGCAUGGAAAUGAUAGUUGUGUCAGUCUCCUUGUUACUACGGCAUGCCUGGCCUUUGUGGACUCAAUAGGCAGAGAGCGCCUACUUUGUCAGGCUGAUCGGACAUAUAUAUUUAGGAGUGUAUCAGCAGCAAAAGCCACUUUGAUGAUGAUGUAUUCACCUUGCAAAUAUAUUGCAUCAGAAGCCAGGUUCCUACUCUUGGAAGCUCUCAAUUUUGGUGGCGAGGAAUAUCUAAAGCAGCUCUUACAGUCUUUGAAUUUUGUUUCCUCUGGUGACAUUUCUUGUACACCAGAUAAAUAUCAGAUAUUAAUUAGCUUAAUUGGUUUGGCUUGCUAUUCUGGAUUGCCUCAUUUCUUUAGGCAGGUCGUCUCUAGUGGAGGGAUUAAAACUCUGUUGGCUUUUGUGAGAUGGUGGUUAGACAAUGCUUCCCAUAUUGACAAAGUCUGCUUGACCUCUCAUUUGAGAGUCACAGCUAUGGAGCGGACCUGUUGCAGAAUCAAUACACAAAAUUGGGAAGGCGAGGAAACCUACUUGCUUUUGGCUUUGUGGAGUUUAGCUGAAUUAAUUAACUGUCACAAUUCUGAAGGGCAUGAGUUAGAUAUUUUUCUUGGGCAGAAGAUAUACAAGAAGGAUCAUUUUAUUUUGGAUAUUCAGGAGAUUGCUGUUGAUACGACGUCUACUGGACUAAGAUGGUAUUGUUCGUACCUUCUUAGCUUUUUUGGAAUCUAUGGUUUCCCCAGUAAACUAGGUAGAAGAGUAGCGUCAUUUUGUGAGAAGGACGAUGGCGAUAUGUGUCUUGUUCUUCGAGAUGGGCAGUAUCUAAGUGUUCAUCAGGUCAUUCUUCUCAUUCGGUGUCCAUCCUUGCUUCCACCCAGAGAUCCUUUAAAUGAAGGCAAAAUGUCCAUAUCCAAUGAUCUUUUAUCAGGACAAGUUACUGACAGAUGUAGGACCAAGAAGGAAAUUACUCUAUCUGCACAAGUCGACCAACAAGCACUUUCCAAAUUUUUGGACUUUGUAUACUCUGGUUAUUUGGAAGCUGAAGGAGUAACUGUGAGGAAGUUAAAAAUGCUAGCAAAACAUUGCAAUAUACAACCUCUAUUACAGCUUCUUUGCAGAAAAAGGCCAAAGUGGGCUGCUCCAGUGCCCAGUUUUGAUCUGACUACCAGUCUCAGACAUGCUGGACAUAAUUUUUCGGACAUCAUCUUGGAAGCUAAAUCAACUGAGAAUACAGGAUGGACCUGCAGCUUCUGUUCUUUCUCUUUGCCUCACUUCCAUGCUCACAGGGUUGUUUUAAGCUCUAGUUGUGAUUACAUGCGGGCUUUAUUUCAAUCUGGGAUGCGAGAAAGUUGCUCGGAAUCCCUAAAAGUACCUGUCAGUUGGGAAGCCCUAUGUAAGCUAGUCAUCUGGCUGUAUUCUAAUGACAUACCGAAACCGGUUUCUGGGUGUCUAUGGGCUCAUAUGGAUGUACUGGAAAAGAUGUCUGAGCUCCAGCCUUACAUAGAGCUUUGUUGGCUCGCCGAAUUCUGGAUUCUGAAUGAUGUGCGAAAUGAGUUCUCAAGAGUGAUUACCUCUUCUUUGGAUUCGCCGUUGUUGGCAGUUGAAGUGAUUCAACUUGCUGCUAAUUUUUCUCAAUGGGAAUUGGUUGAUGUUGCAGCAAAUAGGAUUGCUCCUGUUUAUCGUAACUUACACAGAUCUGGUGCACUUGAUGUGCUGGAUGAAGCACUUGUCGAAAUAAUUCGGCUGUCCGCUGUUCGACUCUCUCAGGAAUGAUCAUGGACCUCAUCUGGGUUUCCUCUACUGAUAAAACAUAGUUCAGCAAUUACAGAGUUAGUGACUACUGCUAUGUUGAUUGGCAGUUCGGUAAUAUGCCCUUUGGCUAAGAUAUCGUGAGAAAAUGUUAUUGGUCUGUUACGGACUUGCGAGAGUUCUUACAUGUUAAAAGAGUUUUUCUUGUGUACAUAGUUCUUGCUUGUCUGUUUUGUAGAGUAUGAUGUUAAAAGAAGAAAAAGGAAAGAGAUUAAAGGAGAAUUUUUGUAUCUGUUUCCAUCUAUAAAACAUGUGACUAAUUUUGGGAGUAAA